AUGAUUAUUUUUAUUAAAUUUUUUUUUAUCAUCAUUUUUCAAUUUUUUUUUCUUACUUUCUGUGGGAGACAAAGAAAACCUAAUGAUAGAAAAGAAAAAUUAUUGUCAAGUGAAAGUAACUUAUCAAAUCAAGAAAAAGUAUCUCAAAAUAAUGAUGGUGUUGUUUCAAAUCGUAUUGUAGAAAAUGAUGUAAGUAAUAAAGAAAAAUUUAGUUAUAGGAGAAAUGAAAAUAUAUCAGAAAAGAAAUGUAAUGUAAAAGUUGAUAAAAGUCGCAAUUAUAAAUCGUUAUCUCCAGUAGAAUUAGAUGAAAAUAAUUAUACAGGUAAGGAUAUGAAUAAAGAACCACAAGUAGAAAGUAAUAAUUUUAAAAACACACCUAUAAAUAAAGAAAAUGAUUUUAAUUUAUAUUUUGGUUUGGAAGCAAAUAAUAAAAUACAACAAAAUGUAGUACCUCAAGAUGACUUAAUAAAAAAAGAUAAUGUAUCAAUUAAACAAUUUCCUCAAAAUUGUCAAACACCAAAUAAUAUUGUUGGAAGUAAUAAUAUAUAUAAUCAAAAAAACAAUAAUAAUGUUGCGUUAGCUGAAAAGCCUGAAAAUAAAAAUAAAACAUAUGAAGCAUUAAGUAACAUAAAUUAUGAUGACAAAAGAAAUCCUAUAAUAAAUCCACCUCCACCACCACCACAGCAACAACAAUCACCUGAAAUAAAAAAUGAAAAAGCUCCUGAAAAUAAUGAUUUAUAUGUCAAUUUGGAUCCUGCAGAAAACAUUCCUCCACCACCACCUCAACCAGCUGAAAAAUUAAUAAAAUGUGAAGUAAAUAAAGUAGUAAAUGAACAAAAAAUUGAAUUAGCUCCUGUGCUUACAAAAAAAAUUUCUCAAGCGCGGAAAAAAAAAACAUCAGCAAAUGAUAAAAAAUGCCAACAAGAGGGAAGUGAAAAUCAAUCACAAAAUAGGGGUACUAAAAAAAGUACUACAAAUUUAAGUAAGCACAAUAGAAGAAAAAAAACAACCCUAAAAGAUACUAGCAAUAAAAAUCUUUCAAAAAGAAAAAAUAAAUAA